AUGCCGGCUUACCUCUGUCACGGCUUCCGCUGGCAUCGGAGAGAGAUACGUUAUUUCGUGAUCCUCAAAGAUGUCGAAGAUGCCGCCCCCGAGUGGAUCGUCGCGCCGAAGAGUGCCGAGGCCAUUCUUGAGACCUUCUAUGACGAAUUCGACUUCGUUCCCCCGUGCGCAAACUCGAGAGCUGCGAGCUCACUGAACGCAUACAACACACAGACGAGUGGCUCAAGUUCAGAUAUGUACAAAGUCAGCAUUGAGAGUAGCAGCGAUGAAGAAAGACGUGGGCGCCUCGGAAGCGACCUGCUUAAGAAGCGGAGUCUCAGCGCCUCACGGCAGCGCAGUAUGUCCACGGCUCGAUUGCGAAAGCCAAGCAAGCGUCCCGAAACGUUGCCAGUUCCUCCACGACCGAUGCAGGCUCCCCCGCCGCUCUUCUCGCCGAUGCCCCCGGAGUCUGAGAGGACUGGCCCCUUUAAUGGAUGGUCACGUGUCAAGUUGCUAGAGGAAUACGAUCCGUCGGACGAAGCAAUUAUGAAUGGACCCUGGGCCUACGUCUCAGACUAUCAGGUGCGCGUAGAUGGCUCGGUCUCGCUCUUAGAGCAGAUGCAGUCCUAUGAUCAGAAGAUGAAGGCAGAAAAGAUCAAAGCUAUGAGUGGUCCUAGCGACGAAACUAGUCGGAAAGUGAACACCGUUGGCAACAAGAAUGCAGGCUGGCUCGAGAAGCUUCGGGACCAGCUGCAGAAGGAAGAGCCAAUCAAAUGGUACAUGGUGAUAUGUGGCGACGAGGAAAGGGCCUUCCCUCUCGGAGAUAAGGGUGAUGAUAUCUACGGAGGGAAGAAGCACGAAAUCCCGGAAGAGGAUGACCUCGAGUUUCGGUUACCCGAAUUUGAUAAUUAUAGGUACAAUCGCAAGUCAGCAUUUGUCCAGCCUCUGCGUCUACGCAGCAAAGAAGAAUCGCCGCCGCCCCCAACACCGCCUAUACCACCACAACUCCAGGGCGGAUUCCCAGUGAGACCCCAGACGAGGGCUCGCCCUCAAACACAGCCUCAACCACAGCUACCGCAGAUUGGGCAAAGUUCUAGAAAUAAGCCGCCGGCACUUCCAGACAAGGACCGCUCGCGUUAUACUCCACCACCUGAUCCCCUCGAGAAUCUGCGGGAAAUUGGCAACCAGAAGAUGUCAAUGCAGUUGGACUCAAAACCGCGCACCCGAAAGAGCACCUUGGGAUUGCGGAAAUUCUUUUCGAAGAAGCAAUAUGACAACAUGAUCUGA